AUGUUUGACUCUAAACUUUUAGAUAUCCCAGCUGUGAUAUUUGACAACGGAUCUGGAUUAUGCAAGGCUGGUAUUGCAGGGGACAGUGCGCCAAGGUCAGUUAUUACAGCAAUUGUUGGUCGCUCGAAAGCCAAAGCAACGAUGCUAGGAGCAGGACAGAAGGAAUUUUAUAUUGGAGAAGAAGCCCAGUCCAAAAGGGGUGUCUUAAGUUUGAAUUAUCCAAUCGACCACGGCAUAGUUACAUCCUGGGAUGACAUGGAGAGGAUCUGGAGACAUGUCUACGAGUGCGAGCUGAGAAUCAAAGCUAGCGACAGGCCGGUGCUACUGACGGAGGCCCCACUCAAUCCCCUACAGAACCGGGAAAAAAUGACUGAGAUCAUGUUUGAAGGCUUUAAGGUGCCUGCCAUGUAUGUUGCAGUGCAGGCAACACUGGCACUCUAUGCCUCAGCACGCACGACAGGGAUAGUAAUGGACAGUGGAGAUGGAGUUACCCACACCGUACCCAUCUACGAAGGAUACUGUUUACCCCAUGCAGUUUCCAGGCUGGAUAUCGCAGGCAGGGAUAUCACUGAAUACUUCAUGAGACUCCUUUUGGAAAGUGGCCACUCCUUCGUGAGCACAGCUGAGAGGGAGAUCGUGAAAGAUAUCAAGGAGAAGCUGUGCUAUGUGGCUUUAGAUCCCGUCAAAGAAACAAAAGCAAAGCCAGAAGAAAUCCUCAAAGAAUACAAACUGCCUGAUGGAAAUAUCAUUAAGAUAGGCAAUCAGCUCUUUCGAGCCCCGGAGACCCUUUUUAUGCCCGCUAACAUUGGUAUCGAAGCCCCCGGGGUGCACAAAAUGAUCUUCAACAGUGUGAUGAAAUGUGACAUUGAUGUUCGCAGGGAUCUUUACGACAAUGUGCUUCUUUCCGGUGGGUCCACCCUAUUUCCUGGACUGGAUGAACGGAUCCUGAGGGAGAUGCAGCGGCAAGUGCCCAUCGGGAUGGCCGUACGGGUCAUAGCACCGCCCGAGAGGAAGUACUGUGUGUGGAUCGGGGCCUCCAUCCUCACUUGCUUGUCAGCUUUUAAAGAAAUGUGGGUCACCGUCAGUGAUUACAAAGAGUUUGGUGCUGCUGUAGUACACAGAAAAUGCUUUUAA